AUGGGUGCUCUGGAUCACAUCUCCGAACUCUUUGACUGCUCCCAUGGCAGUUCCAAGCACAAGAAGCGCAAGCAAUUGCAGACGGUGGAGGUGAAAGUGAAGAUGGACUGCGAAGGGUGCGAGAGGAAAGUGAGGAAAGCAGUGGAGGGGAUGAAGGGCGUGAACCAGGUGGAGGUGGAUCGGAAGGCCAACAAAGUGACGGUGGUGGGCUAUGUGGAGGCGUCUAAGGUGGUGGCCCGCAUCGCUCACCGCACUGGCAAGAGAGCAGAGCUCUGGCCAUACGUCCCCUACGACGUCGUUGCGCACCCCUACGCACCCGGGGUGUACGAUAAGAAAGCCCCCUCCGGUUACGUGCGAAACACCGAUGAUCCUCACUAUUCCCAUCUCGCACGUGCCAGCUCCACCGAGGUCCGCUACACCACCGCCUUCAGCGACGAGAACCCCUCCGCUUGCGUCGUUAUGUGA